CAUACACUUUCUGUUAUUUUCUUGUCAUUCUCUUUCUUUUCCCACCUUCGUUCACAUUUCCUUCCACCUUUUCCCUUUCUUUCUUUCUUUCCUUUCUCACAAAUCCCAUAUAAAACUCUUGCUAUGUCCUCUGUCUCAAUCUCCACUCUCUCUCUCUCUACCCUUUCAACUCUUCUCCUCUCAUGAGUACUUCUUUUCAUUCCUUUUCCUCUUUUCUACUUCAAAAUUACUAUCACCACCAUCAAGGAUCAUGCGGUCUACACAGUCCCUCCGUAACGGCGAUACUCCUUCGCCCCACCCGCGGAUCGAGGAUCCACACUUCCACUCCACUGUAUCCCUACAGAAGCUGAAAAGAUUCAACUCACUGAUUCUCGUGUUCCGACUCGCUACGUUUUGCUUUUCUCUCGCCUCCGUUGUUUUCACUCUCACUAACUCCAGAGGAUACGGUUCCCUUCAUUGGUACGAUUUCGACGCCUUCAGAUACGUUUUCGCUGCAAAUGCAAUCGUCAGUCUUUACUCUCUCUUCGAAAUGGCCGCCUCCGUCUGGGAAAUUUCCAGAGGCGCCACUUUGUUCCCCGAAGUCCUCCAAGUCUGGUUCGACUUCGGCCAUGACCAGGUGUUCGCAUACCUUCUUUUGUCGGCGGACUCGGCGGGGACGGCGCUGGCAAGGACGCUGAACGGCGGUGACACGUGUAGGGUAAGCAAUGCGUUCUGCGUGCAAUCAUACACCGCUAUCGCCUUGGGAUUUGCCGGGUUUCUGUUUUUAGGGUUAUCGUCCUUGCUGUCGGGUUUUCGUGUCGUCUGUUUUAUCAUCAACGGUUCUCGGUUUCAUUUUUAAAUAAACUGGACAGAAUAUUUCGAGUGUUUGCCAGAGAGGUGAUUAUUAUUAUUAUUAUUAUUAUUUUAAGCGUAGGAGUGUACUGAUUGCGGGGGUGAUGACUGAUACGGUGUGUCGUGUUGCUUUUUUGUUCUUGUUCUUUGCGUAUUGUAUUGUUUUUGCUAGCUAAUCAAUUAGCUCGAGGUUCUUAAGGGCUCUAUUCUACAUUCCAAGCUUGAGGUUCUUACGAUCUCAAAAGAUUCAAUUCAUGUUUACAAAUUUCUUAUUCUUUUUGAAGAAAGUGAAUUUUCUAUGAUUAUUUUGUUA